AGGUUCGCCCGCCGCCGGCUGCGCUCCCACCAGCGCCUUCGCGCUUUCCUCCUGGAGAUGUUUAGCACCUUCCAGAUCUGCGCCUGCACCAACGAGCUCUGCCUGCUCGGCAACGUGGAGCCGAAGCCUCACGCUGCCUUGGCUCUCACCUACGGUUUCACCGUCCUGCACGGUUUGACCCUGAGCGGCAACGCGUGCAACCCCUGCGGCACCUUGCAGCUGGUGUGGGCCGGUGGGACGUCGCUCAAGGCGGGAGGACUCCAGAUCGGCGCUCAGUUCGCGGCCGCGGUGCUUGCCAGAGCCUUUAUGCGCUUUCUCUGGAGCCUGGAGCUGGCAGAGCCGCAUUUUGGAGCCCUCUCGCAGCGCUGCAGCAACCCCAUGCAGAUUACGGAGGUGCAGGCGUUCUGCAUAGAACUGCUCUUUUCUGUCGUCUUCCAGCUGACCGUCCUGCGAGUGGAACGCGUUCACCCCAAAUACAAAGUCCACUUGAUAGCUCUUCUCAUCACCAUGCUCGUAUAUGCAGGUGGAAAUCUCACAGGAGCAAUAUUUAACCCGGCGCUGGCUUAUUCAUUACAUGCAAAUUGCUUCUAUGACAGAUUUUUGAGUUACUCCCUAGUGUACUGGAUAGCCCCAUCCUUAGGUACAUUACUUGUGGCUUUUAUAUAG